AAGUGCCCUGCUCAAUCAUGAAACGGUAAAAUCGUUGGUUCCGCCCGCCCAGUUUUCAUUUCCUUUCGAGCCUUACUCAAUACAGAAGUCGUUCAUGAGCGAGCUCUACUCAACACUAGAAGACGGCAAAAUCGGCAUAUUUGAGAGUCCAACGGGAACUGGGAAGUCGCUAAGCCUCAUAUGUGGCUCAAUGACGUGGCUGAAAGACCACCAAUUACGUCAGAGGCGGCAAACUGAAUCAGCUGUUGACAGAAUCAAAGAAUUGGAAGCGCUUGUGGCGGGAGAGGUUGCUACGGACGGCGUUGACUGGAUGGAACAGCAAUGGGAGGCUAAGAAGGAGUUAGAUAAAAUGAUGAAGGUGAAAGAGGAAGGUGAGAUGAGAGCGAAGGGUGAGGCCAAUUUCAAGGCGAAAUGUAAGUCACGUGACUCUAAAAAGUUAGGGAAAGUGAAUGCUGAGAAUGAUGAAGACCCGGAUGAGUUGCUACUUGAGGAUUACCAUAGCGACGAUGAGAAUGACGUUACUGGUGACGCAACGGAAGAGGGCGAUGACAUCAAGUUGACUCAGAUUUAUUAUUGCAGUCGAACUCACAGUCAACUGGCGCAAUUUGUACAAGAAGUCAAACGCACAUCAUUCAAAGAUCAUUUCCGCAUCACCACACUGGCAUCACGUCAGAAUCUCUGCAUCAAUCCGUCCGUUCGUCGACUCAAAUUCGUCACUCUAAUGAACGACCGAUGCAUCGAACUUCAACAGAAAACGAUGAGUGAGCCGUCGAACAAGGAUGAGUCAAAGAGACGGAAGAAGACAGGAAAAUGUCCGUUUUACCGUUCGGACAUGAUGCAGGAUUUCAAGUACUCGUCGUUGACUGCGGUGAGAGACAUCGAAGAGUUGAGUAACCUCGGGGAGGAAACGGACACGUGUCCAUACUAUGGAACACGAUACAGUGUUCCAUAUGCUCACCUCAUCGUCCUUCCUUAUCAGAUGCUUUUGCAUCACUCGACACGGAAAACAUUGGGUAUUUCGUUGGCGGGCAGUGUGGUGAUUAUCGAUGAGGCACACAAUCUUCUUGACACGAUCAGUGCCGUUUAUAGUGCCAAAAUCCACGGGAAUCAACUCGUGUCGUGUCGCGAUCAACUAAAGAGAUAUUUUGAAAGAUAUCAGACUCGAUUGAAUGCCAAGAACCUGAUGUAUGUGAAACAGCUGCUGCGUGUGCUAUCUUCACUCACACGAUGUCUGAAACCCGAACAAAUGUCAACAAUUGAUUCGUUUGAAAAAGGUAACGUGACUGCACACACGCAAUCGACGAUCACGACUGUUUAUGACUUUAUUGUGCGUUCAAAGAUCGAUAAUAUUAAUAUCUAUAAAUUACUGAAAUACUGCGAAAGGAGUCGAAUCGGGCAGAAGCUCCACGGGUUCAUACACUCUCGUUUGCAACAGGAAUUGUCGCCUGAUGAGAUCCUUUCGUCUUUCCCGCUCGUCAAGAACUUUCUUGAGUCUCUCACGUCGUCUGAUCACGACGGUCGUAUCAUUGUGACUAAAAGCAUUGCACUCGCCGCUUCGUCUCUUAAAUUUCUUCUUCUUAAUCCUUCAACUCAUUUCAGCGAUCUCGUUCGCGAGUGUCGGGCUAUCGUAUUAGCAGGUGGCACCAUGCAACCAUCCUCAGAAUUCACACGACAACUUUUCCUACCCGCUGGAGUACAAGCCGAUCACAUUCUCGAGUUCACUUGCGGUCACGUCAUCCCACCGGACAACCUCCUAGCGGUCGGUUUCUCCACGGGUCCGACCGACGUCAAACUGGACUUCAGAAUGGAGACUCGUGGAUCUCACUCGCUGUUGAACGAACUGGGAAACGUUCUAAUUGAGUUGUCGAGACACGUUCCAGCAGGCGUUGUCGUGUUUUUCCCAUCGUACGACUACGAACGCCAAGUUUGCGACCACUUUGAGAGGACGGGAAUUAUGGAGUCUCUAAAUGCUGAAAAAUCCGUUUUUCGAGAGCCCAAAAUCGCGUCACACGUCGACCAGUUGCUGUGCAAUUAUAGUCAUCAUAUUAGACAUUCAUCACACGGUGCCAUUCUGUUAGCUGUCGUCAAUGGCAAGAUGUCUGAAGGAAUAAACUUUGCGGACGAUCUUGGUCGUGCAGUUGUGAUGGUCGGGUUACCAUAUCCGAACCGAAAAUCGGCAGAAUUAUCAGAGAAAAUGUCGUAUCUUGAUAAGAACGUUGCACGAUGUGACGGCCGAUCGCCUGGCGACGAGCACUAUGAAAACCUUUGCAUGAAGGCCGUGAAUCAGUGUAUUGGACGAGCGAUUAGACAUAAGGAUGACUAUGCUGUCAUUGUGCUGCUUGAUCAUCGUUAUAAGAGACAGAAUGUUUGUGGGAAGCUUCCACGUUGGAUUGCCAGUCGUGCGCGUUAUGAUUGUGGCUACGAGACAGGAUGCGAUGUAAUACGACGGUUUUUUGGCGAUCGUAAUGUGGGAAAUGUGACUGUGUGAUCAGAUGAGGAAACGUGAUGAGUUAGCAGCAGUGAUUAAGGCAGACAGAUGACGAAUCAAAUGAGACUGUCUUACAUCCGACUGCAAUUUUCUGUACCCAAGAUGAUCACGAGUGCACAGAGAGUGAGAGAGUCGUGGAUUGAAAUGGCAAUCAGUGGAGAUUUGGAUACGUGAAGGUCAGAUUACCUAAAUUGUUGAGGAUGGUUAGGAUUUUAUAUUCACUCUCGUAGCAAACAAACGAUUUCUGUUUAGUUGGAUUUUCAAUGUGUAAAUUGUAAAUGUAAUUUAUGUGUAAUAUGAACGUAAUUUAUGUGCUGAGAUGUAAACGGGUGAGACAUUGGCUUGUGAGCUGCAGCACAAGCAUUUCAAUGACAAUUUUUUCUAAUGUAAUUUGAUACAAUUUAUGAAAA